UGCCCCUCUCCAGUUCUUAGGAUCGUCGUCUGCACCAUCUGAACUUUCCAACAUGGUGGGUGCAGUGUUCCUGAUAGCGGCUAUGUGUACUCUGGCAACUGGUCUCCCGAUCUACCCCUACCCACUGUUUGUCCCAUACCCGGUUUACAAUCCUUUUCCUCUCCAUGAGUAUGACGGCCUAGAUCUCCUUGGGGCUGAUGAUGUUUACGGUCGAAGGCUAUACAGGGACGCUGCUUAUCCGUAUAGAGGAACUCGCGGAAUCGUAGACGGCCUAGAUCUCUUUGAGCCUGAUGAUGUUUACGGUCGAAGGGUAUACAGGGACGCUGCUCAUCCAUUUGGAGGAUCUAGAGGAACCGGAGAAUUCAGUGGGCAUAAUAGAGGCUUUCAUGGCGAGUUCCAAGGCCAGACGAAAUCGGCGAGCAGCGAAUGGGCGGGGUCCGGUGUCUCCUCCAAUCUUCGAGGUCUCCACCGCGGCUCAGGUCAUCUUGGCGGUUCAACUGGAGCCAGCGCCCAUCAACUGCAUAAGUGAGAGUAUCAACAUUUAUAUCUAAAGGGAUAUGUGAUUAACCACAAUAAAUAUACUACCAAUGGC